AUGGAGGCAGAUGAGAAUUCAGAUUCUGAGAGGUCUGAUCUUCGAGAAGGCCUUGUUGCCGUUCCAUUCUCGAAAGAGCUUAAAGCUCGUAUUCGGACUCCUUGGAGCAAAAGUCUUAUUGUUAAAGUUUACGAUAGAGCUAUUGGGUUUUCGUUCCUCUAUGGCCGACUAUUGUCUCUUUGGAAACCAGUGGGAAAGUUGGAUUGCGUAGACCUUGGACAGGAGUUCUUUCUAGUCCGUUUUUCCAUCAAAGAGGACUGCAAGGCGGUGCUUAGGAAUGACCCAUGGUUUAUAGGUGAAAACUUUUUGUCCAUUAGGCCAUGGGAACCAAAUUUUAAACCAGCCGAAGCAAAUAUCUCGUCGGUGGCUAUUUGGGUUAGGUUGAAUGAGCUACCCAUUGAAUAUUACCACGUUGAAGCUCUUCAACUCAUUGGAAGUGCGUUAGGCAAGGUGUUAAGACUAGAUACUCAUACAGCCAGUGAAUCCAGGGGACGGUUUGCUCGUCUAUGCAUUCAAGUGGACGUUGGUAGGAUUGGCCACCGACGUGAAAACUGCCCAUAUGUUGUUCGGAAUGAUGAUUCACGGGCAAGGGAGACCGGGGAAAAGAAGGAUGUGCCGGCGAACCAAGGAGAUGAUAUGCAUGUCCUUGACAACGCAGGCAGCACGUCGGGCAUGUCUUUGGUGGACAGUGAAAAGGCCGUGAUGGUGGACAGUGAAAAGGACGUGUAUGGUCCGUGGAUUAGGGUAACACGUAGAAGACAUGGGAACAAGGCGACAAAGAAUUUGGUCCCCACUAAUUUGAGCACUCAUAGGACGCAAGGGGUAGAUAACGUUAGGCCUACUGAUGUUGUUCAUAGGGAAGGUAAGAGGAAAGUGGUAAUGGAGCAUAGCCCAUUUGAGGCCCAAAUGGCCAAUGUGGUCCGGUCAAUUUCAAAUAGGCCGAAUCACACAAGCCAAAGCGUAGGACAGUCCCAUGUGGAGUCUUAUAACCCAGUUGCCAAGUUAAGCCUGUCCAUUAGGGGUAAGAAAGGUAUUGCUAGGAGUAGGGCUUCUUUAAUUGGGACGAAUAAGGAGGCUGUGAAUCAUUUAGUCAAAGGAGCGGCUACAUCUGUGAGGAGCUCCUUCUUGAAUAAACAGAGUGCUAAUGGGAAUGCUACUUUCAAUUUCAAAGCUGAUUCUCUUGGGCAACCGUCAAGCUCUAGCCCAAAUGGCCAACCAAGCUGUCUUUGUCAAGAGAAGUACCAGCCAAAAGUUCAAGCGGUCAUGGAAGCUCGAGAUUCUUUUGAUACGGUGGAGGAAAGGGAUGGUGAGUCUUCUCUUCUUAAAGCUAACCCAGGAAGGACAGAGACUUUUUCAAGAGAACAAGUUGUGUGUGGGAAUAAUGUGGUGGUCAUGGAGAGGCUGGGUACAGGCCAUGGUGUGGCUGAGCAAAUGGAUUUUGAAGAAGGCAAAGGAGUGGGUCCUACCUCCCUUUGA